AUGAAGAUAGAAGUAAUGCAAGUACUUCACAUGAACAAAGGAGAUGGGGAAACUAGUUAUGCAAAAAACUCAAAAGUGCAGAACAAGAUAAUAUCUCUUGGAAAGCAAGUCAAGGAGGAGGCUAUAAUGCAAAUGUUGCGCACCAAUAUCCCUGACAUCAUGGGCAUUGCAGACCUGGGUUGCUCCUCUGGACCUAACUCCUUAUCAGUGAUCUCCGAAAUUAUUGAUAUCAUCUACGCCAAAUGCAGAGAUUUGGGUCGUCCAACACCGGAACUUACGGUCUCCUUGAAUGAUCUUCCUUGCAAUGACUUCAAUUUCAUUUUUGGAUCCUUGCCAGCAUUCUACGACAAAUUAAAGAAAGAGAAGUGCUCUGGGUUCGGGCCUUGCUUUGUAGCAGCCAUGCCGGGUUCUUUCUAUGGUAGAUUAUUUCCUAGCAGGAGCUUGCAUUGUGUGCACUCUUCUUCUAGCCUUCACUGGCUCUCGCAGGUUCCAGCUGGUCUAGAGAGCAGCGCGAGGACAACCCUGAACAGAGGAAAGCUUUAUAUAUCGAAGACAAGUCCGCAGUGUGUGUUAGAAGCAUACUCAUUGCAGUUUCAGACAGACUUUUCGGUGUUUCUGAAAUCACGUUCAAAGGAAAUGGUUCCUGGAGGCUGCAUGCUCUUGUCAUUCAUGGGCAGGAGAUCGACUGAUCCCACCACAGACGAGAGUUGCUACCAUUGGGAGCUCUUAGCACAGGCACUAAUGAGCAUGGUUCCAGAGGGUCUCGUCGAGGAGGAAAAGGUUGACUCCUUUAAUGCCCCUUACUAUGCUCCAUCUGUGGAAGAAAUGAACCUAGAGAUAGAGAAAGAAGGUUCUUUCAGCGUCAGUCGGCUUGAAGCCUUUGAAAUUGAUUGGGAUGGAGGUGUCGAUGUUGUGUGCCCCACCAUGGCUACACAAUCACGUGGACAGAGAGUGGCCAAGACAAUUAGAGCCGUAGUGGAGUCAAUGCUGGAAUCUCAUUUUGGAAAGGAGAUAAUGGAUGAAUUAUUCAAGAGGUACGGAGAGAUGGUGGAGGAUUACUUGUCAAAGACCGGAACAAAGUACACCAAUUUGGUCAUUUCGUUGGUUAGAAAGGAGUAG